GGGCGGGAUGAUUCCCACACAGAGCGGCUCUGCCUGACUGGCCCCUCCCCCUGUCUCCUAUAGGUGCCUGAGCUGAGAGGGGCGGGAUGAUUCCCACACAGAGCGGCUCUGCCUGACUGGCCCCUCCCCCUGUCUCCUAUAGGUGCCUGAGCUGAGAGGGGCGGGGAAAGAACGCCUGUACCGAAAGAAGGCAUGUGAUUGGCUGGAUACACAGAGGGGCGGGACAGGGAUUGCUGCUCAUUUCUCAGACGGUUACAGACAGCGGCUUCAGGAGUUCCGGUGCUGGGAAAGCAAACAGUGCCGCCUGGUUCCGCAUCCCAGGGAGCCCAAACCCGGAUUUGCAUCCUCCACUCCUCCCGGGGGAACUUCCUGUGUGGCUCCUGUAUAACCUCCAUCCCUCCCAUAGAGGGUUCUGUCAGCAGGGGGAUCAGAUCACAUGACUGGGGGGCCCCUAUAGAGAGCACAACCCCAGAUUAACUGCCAUCAGGAAGGGCUCCUAUUGCCCCAGAGCUGCAGUGAGCCAGAAGGGCAGAAUGGAAGCCGGGGAGCCCCAGGACUGUACCUCCUGGUUACCUGAUGAGUUGGCAUUGCGCAUCCUCUCGUACCUUGAUGCCAAGGAUAUCCUGCAGGUGGCGCAGACUUGCCAGCGCUGGAGAGAGUUGGCUGAGGAUGAAGGCCUGUGGCAGGGAAAGUGCAAGGCUGAUGGGAUUGAGGAGCCGCCGCAGGUAACAAGGAGCAGGGCUAAAGGCUCUGGGUCCGGCCCCUGGAAAAGCGCUUACACCAAUCAGCUCAGGGUCGAUACCAACUGGCACCGAGGGAGAUUCAGGACAAUCACACUGGAUACAAGUGAGUCGGGGACAGAUUUCAUAACCUGGACCUCUGAUGGGAAGGAAAUGAUUUGUGUUGUAGAUGACAAUACAAUACAGAUCUGGUCGGCAGUUACUGGAAAACCCAUACGGACCCUUGUGGGACACACAGACAAAAUUCUAACAAUGCAAAUGAGAGAUCACAUGAUUGUUAGUGGAUCCUGGGAUUGUACAGUAAAAGUAUGGAAUGCAGAGAGCGGGGAAUGUAUCCACACGCUGGGCGGCCAUACUCAUGUUGUGCCACAGGUAUAUCUCCAUGGGAACAGGGUAGCGAGUGGGUCAUGUGACGGCUCCAUCAGAAUCUGGGAUAUUGAGACGGGGCGGUGCCUACACGUUCUCAUGGCGGAUAUAAGCUAUCAUUCAUAUAUUUACUAUGAUGGUCGAUGGGUGAUCAGUAUGAAUGAGAACCUGAAAAUCUGGGACCCCGAAACUCAGAGUUCUUUGCGCAGUUUCCCAAUUACAAUUCCCAUAACUGCCAUCCGUCACACGGAGCUGAAAGGCUCGCGGCUCUUACUGGUCACUGACGACGGCACAAUAACCGUGUGGGACACUGACACAGGGCGGCGCAUCCAAACAAUAACGGACCUGCAGACCUACAUAUCCGCAGUAUCACUGAGGGCCAAUAUAUUCAUCUGGGGAGAUAAGGGCCUUCCUGCUGGUUUUGACCGGAAGAGAUUUCAGCGCUACGUGGAAAAUGUGCGACUCCGCAGUCACUUUGACUUGAGCAACACUGGGUUUGGGCCGGUGCCGCUCUGGGGUUUCAGGCUGGGAACAGGUUGGGAUGAGGAUGGACACCGUUAUUUGCGAGACUUGCUCACAAGGGAAAAAUAUAUUCACUUUAUCAUUGUCUGUCGUACAAAACUUAUCUGCUUGACUGAUGAGAGAUCUAAUGAAAGGAUGAAAGUGUUGGACUUUAAUUGAAGAAGAGGAGAAAAAGGUUAAAGUUAUAGUUACACAUUCAUGUAAAGCCCGGGGCAUGUCGGCAUCUCAUUAAAGGACAAGCAAAGAAGGCCGUUUCACUGGGGUGGGGGUGCCAGUGAAAUAAAUUAAAUAUUCUUCCCUCCAGGGUGUUGCUCCUUUAUUUUUGGACUUAGGGGGGUUCUUAAUGGUUUGGCUCCCCCUAUUGGUUGGAAUUUCCUUUCCUUCGUUAGGAGCCGGAUAGGAGAUCAGGUUAUAUAAUAACAAACACUGCCUUAUUGUUAAGGGAUCUAAACACACCCUGACACACAAGGACAAGGAAUGGCAAUCACCUUCCCCCCCAGUGAAAUUGCCUUUUCUCUAUUUGUCCUUUAGGGAGACUCAUGAUUUUUGUUUUGGGGGGUGGGGUCCCAGAAUUUUUUUUUUGCUACAGGGGUGGCUGGGCCCAUAUAGUUAAGCAACUGACUAUACAGUUACUAACAGAACAUAUUGUUGCUGGUUAUUGCCCAUAGUAUUUGCCGGCCCAUAUGUACACAAUAAAAAGCGGCGGGACACAAAGCCCAUAUGGCUGAAUAUGUUCCUUUAUCUGAUUGGCAUUCUGUAGCCCCACCCUGUUUCUGAUGCCAUUGGCUGUGGUUCCGCCGCACAUCAUUCCCCGCUGCGUUUCCCGUUCCAGUUCAGCUACACGGCCUGACGGUCUCAUAUGUGGGGAGGGUGAGAUGGGAAAUGUGGAUCAAUAAGAGAGAAGGUGAUUGGAUAUUUCGGGUCAGACCCAAAGCGCCGGGGAACAGAGGAUUCACGCUGCUCGUACAUCAGUUCCAGUUAAACCUAUUGGCACCUUUGCACUUGUUCCAAAUAAAGCACCGGUUGUGCCAGAAA